UAUGUAUAUAAUGGCGUAAGGAAAAAACUUGGGUCAGUAUUUCUGUCAAAAUGCAAUCAGCAGAACAACUUGUGCUUGAACUCAGCAAUCCCGAUCUUCGUGAAAAUGCCCUUCUUGAACUCUCUAAGAAGAGGGAAUUAUUUCAGGACUUAGCCCCAUUACUAUGGAACUCAUUUGGUACUACUGCUGCGCUCUUACAGGAGAUAGUUUCCAUCUACCCUGUUUUGUCGCCGCCGAACCUGACUCCAGCACAAUCUAAUAGAGUUUGUAAUGCUUUAGCACUUCUUCAGUGUGUAGCCUCUCACCCCGACACCAGAAUGUUGUUCCUCAAUGCGCAUAUUCCUUUGUACUUGUACCCGUUUCUAAAUACAACAAGCAAAUCAAGACCUUUUGAAUAUCUGAGGCUUACUAGCUUAGGUGUGAUUGGUGCCCUUGUGAAGGUAGAUGAUACUGAAGUUAUCAGUUUUCUACUAUCAACAGAAAUAAUUCCCCUGUGCCUGCGCACGAUGGAGAUGGGCAGUGAACUGUCAAAAACAGUUGCAACUUUCAUUGUGCAAAAAAUACUCCUAGAUGAUGUGGGUUUGGAUUACAUAUGUACUACAGCAGAAAGGUUUUUUGCUGUAGGCCGAGUUUUGGGGAAUAUGGUUGGUGCACUUGCUGAACAGCCUUCAUCUAGAUUACUGAAGCACAUAAUUAGGUGCUAUCUUCGGUUGUCAGAUAAUCAAAGGGCAUGUGAUGCACUAAGAAGUGGUCUACCGGAUAUGCUUAGAGAUGCCACCUUCAGUAGUUGUCUUCGUGAGGACCCUACAACGAGGAGGUGGCUACAACAAUUGAUUCACAAUGUUAAUGGCGCCCGUGUUGGUCUACAAGCAGGAGGAUUUGAUCAUAUGCUGAUGAACUAAGUUGAGACGAUUAUUAAAUCUUAAUUGUGUUGUCUUAGUUGCUUGCUAAAAAUGCAUCUCUUUCAUUGUGGGUCCUCUGCAAGCAAUUUGGUGUAGUGUUCUUUUAGGUGCUUGCUAGGAAUAUAGCACUUUUGAUCCGAUUGCUAGAAUCUGUUUUGGAUAUAUCAACUUGCAAACUUUAUUCGACCAAGAUUCAUAUAAUUUAUUCAUUAGUCUGCAGGUUCAUAUAAUUCUUUGUAGUGGAAACGUUGUAGCAAAGUGAUUCAAACUGUGCUGCUGGCAUUUUCCUAUAA